AUCAGCCGAACGCGCAACAAUGGGACUCUAACGUCUAUCACCAUAGCAACAGUAAUAGUCAGACAACAUUCCAAACGGAAGAGAAUUCAUUAAUUCAUUCUUUCAGAAUUCUAAACCCUUUCUAAUCUGCAAAAAUUACUGAGCGCGUUUCUAUGAGCAAUCCAAUGGCAUAUUUUUACACCACAACGAAGAAGAUUUCACUUCAGGUACCGAGACCCAAAAGUGCGAUGAUUAACCGCGACGUCGACUCGAAGAGUGUACCGAGACCCAAAAGUGCAGUUUACCGUGACCCGUUGAAGAAAGUCAAGUUCAGUCUUGGUGCCAGGCUGCGUGAAACGGGAGAGAUGUUCGUUGUGCCCGACUGCCACCACAAUAUGAGAAUCAGAGAGCUAAAAAACACCAUGGAAUUAGUGGUUGGGAUUCCCACAGACUUCCAGAGAGUAUGCUACCUGGAUAAUGGUGACCUAUGUGAUGACACCACUAUCCACUGUAAUGACAUCGUCCCUGGAACUACUGUCACCCUGAUGAUCUGGCCUUAUGAUGGAUGGUCUGAGCUUGUGAUAGCUGCAGCUACUGGGGAUGUAUUCAAGCUCAAGAGUGUGAUGUCCAAACCAGCACCGCCACGUUCCUCCCAUCUCAGUGCUAUGGGUUCUAUGAGUGGAUCUCCUUCCUGGCUCUCUCACCGUCUCUUCUCUGCUCUGUUCAUCAGUGCCCACCGUGGACACAUGCCCGCUGUCCGCUUCCUGCUCCAACAAGGGGCCAACGUUAAGGGCCAGACUCCCCUGGGGCGCGGGGCCCUCCACGCGGCAGCCGCCCAGGGCCAGUUGCAGUCCAUCCAGGAGCUACUGGUGCGCGGUGCACCACACCAACUGGAGGACGCUGAGGGCAUGACAGCUCUGAGAACCGCCAUGCGCUGGGGCCAGAGGAAGAGCACCCGGCAGCUCUUCCUCUUCCACUGGCAGGAGCGUGCGCAGGGCGUGCGCCUCAAGCCUCACCUGGAUGAGACAGAGCUGUUCGCCCACCAGAAACAUGACUCCCAGCUACGCACCUGGCACCGCGGUGCCCACGCUCAGAGAUACAUGGCCCACCUGGGUCGCUGUAGCCGUGGGGUGGAGGGCAGGGUGGAAGUUAGGCAGCUGGGGCCGCCGCAGAACACGGCCAUGAGGGCCCAGGCAAGGAGGGCGUGGAUGGGGGAUGCGUGACCAGAGCUGCAUGUCAAGAACAGGGCAGAUGACCAAGAGCCUGGUCCUGGAGAGCCAUGUACACAGGAUUUUAUUCCAGCACAGCACCAACACACCAGUUCCUAACUACUCUGGAUUGAAUCGUAUGAGCAGUCGGAUCAUUUGAUUCAGAUGUGUUAGUGUUGGGUUGGAACAAAAGCCUGCUAACAGACAAUGUUUCCCCCUUGUUCAUUUAGUCAGAAGUUUGCCUACCUCUCCUACAUCGGACGUUGAGUAAGUGCUUUCGCAAUGGUCCCGAGCAGCAAAACUCCCUUCAUUAAAUCAUCAAGAAGCAGAAAAGUAGAUGAACUGACAUUUAUAAUCAAGAUAAACCAGUGAAAAAAAGGUGCAGCUAAAAGUUGUAAUCACAUUAGUCAGAGAUGGGGAAAUAAGAUGUCUUGAGCAACCUGGAUGAUAGAAUGUGACACUGCUUAUUGGUGAAUAAAAGUAGAAACCAGAGAGAAAAAAAAUAUAUAAAUACUGUAUGAUAAAAGCCAAUUCAAAGGGAGUUGACAACUGUUAAAUGGGGAAUAAAGUACCUUUAAUGUUUAAA